AGAGCACUCGCCGACAACUCAGCGCUGCGCAGAGGUACGAAAUAACAGAGAGAGUCCGAAGAUGGUUCUGAGGUCAAAAAUGACAGGAUGUGACACCCUAUCUGCCGGAAAGGAGUUGCGUGAUUGCUGCUGAAAACAAAGGCGACGAAGAGAUUAUAAGCAUCAUGAAUUCUAGGAGUUGUCCAAGCCCACGCAGGAGUCUCAGAGCCUGUGCUCCCCGGUUCCUGCAGUCCCUGCAGGUGCGAGAUGAGAACGAAGUUCGUGUUUUCGAAUGCCAUGUGGAUGGAUACCCAAGACCGGACAUACGAUGGGAGAAAUCCGGGAGACCUAUUGGAAAAUCCAGACGAGUCCAUAUGACGAGAUCUGGAGACAAGUGCCUCUUGCAAAUCAGGAUGCCGCAGAUCGAAGACAUGGGUGUCUACAGCUGCAUUGCAACGAAUAUUGUGGGCACAGCAACAACGCAGUUUAAAGUGGGAUCUGCAGGCAUUCAAAAGAUGAAUGGCACUUCGAAUCACAGACUGAGCCCAGCAGUGAAGAAACCGGUGAGAUCUAGAUCCAUGGAAAGGUCUUUAGAAUCUCUUUCCGAUGAAAAAUGUCAUCAAAGUGUUUCACGAAACCGUUCACAAAGCGGCUCUCGCAAAUCCAAGCAAGAUCCCCCAAAAUCUAGAAUAUCUACUUUUGCCAAUCAUAUUUGGAAAAGAAACGAUCAUUCAGUGGAAAAGCCACCAACAGAAGCACAAACGCAAAAACGUGAAAUACUCAUUGACAUCAGCAAGAAGCAACUUUCAAAAUCCAUGGAUGAUUGCAGAAAGAACAAACGAAGUUUUUUAAACCGUGUUAAAAUACCAGAUAUUUUCAGCGCACAAAAAGCUGAGACGGAAUCGGAGCCAUUUAAAAAUAUUCUUAACGGAAGUGAUGUUGAAAAUCAUCUAAAAAAUAGUGAAAUCAUAACAGAACAUAAUUCGAAGAAUUCCAUUAAAGGUGUAGUUCCAAACAAUUCAGUUUGUUCUAGGGGAAGAUCGGCAGUUGAUGAUGCACCCAUUCAGCUGUCCACUAGAGAGAGAAUAGCUGCCUACAUGAAGCGUUUCGAAACCCAACAGAAAACUGGCAGAAACAAGGAAACAGCGUAUGAGUUAGAAAUGAAAAAAGUUAAGUCAAAAGAAACGCUGGAAAAAAGCAGGUCACUCAAGAGAAAUAUCAGCAAUGAAAAGAAGCUUGCUGAAAAGGAAGAAAAUAAAUUGCUGGUCCCAAGUGAAAAUGAUAAUAGCAUUUUUAAUUUCAGUAAAUUUAUGCGACGAAAAAGUUGUGAUAGUGAUAGAAGACAAAAUGAAAGCAGCUUCAUUGAAGUCAAACUUGUAAAUACAUCACUAGAUCUCGAAUGCACUUCAAAUGAAAAAGAACGCAACAAUUCGACAGUUGGUGAUCUUAUGGAAUUAGACGAAGAUCAAAAUAAACAAAAUGCUAUCGGCCAUGUAGAUAUUGUCCCAAACAAUACUUUUAGCAUUGUGGCCGAGAAAUCGAUUCCUACAAAAAACUAUUUAAUGGUAGAAAAUUCCAAAGAUGAAGCUUUACUUGGUAGAGAAAAUACAAUACCGGAAGAUGUUGGUAACGAAAACAAAUCACAGAAUGAAGCAGAGAGAAGUGUAGAUGACAAAACCUUUUUCAGUUUCAGUAAAUUCAUGCGGCGGAAGAGCAGUGACAGUAGUAAGAGAAACAGUUCCGAGGAUGUCAGACUUGAUGUAACUGCAGUGAAUUCUAGUGCAAAGCACAGAAAUUCAUUACCGAGUUCCAAUACAAAUGUAGACACCUCAACUGAUUUUAAGAAUGGCUCUGUGAAAGAUGUCCGCGAAUUUAAAAUACUUGAGAAUGAAAAGGCCUUUGAAAGUGUGAUUAACAUUAAUGAAUCCCUUCAAGUGAAGAAGAAAUGUAAUGAAAAAGAACUUGAGAAAGUAGAGGAGGGCAAAACUUCCGAAAGAAAGGAUGCUGACAGUAGCUUUUUUAAUUUAAGCAAGUUUCUAAGACGAAAAAGUAGCGAUAAUUCUAAGAAGCAAAAUGAUGAAGAAAAAAAAAUUCAGGAUUCCUCAUCGAAUCCAGAUCAAGAAUCAAAAGUAGAAGAAAAGAACUCUGCAAGUCAUUUGGUUUUAAACGUAAAUAGAAUUGCAGAGUCAAAUAGUGCCUAUGAUUCUGAUAAUUCGAAUCCUGUGGUCUUCCUUAAAUGUAAUGUUCCUAGUAAUAAACGGAAUUGCGAUGAAAAUGUCGAAGAAAUUAAAAAUACUUCAUCUUUGUACAGUUCUAGUGAUUUGGACCUAGGGGCUCUUGAGCCAAUUGAUACUAACCUUUUGGAUACCUUUGAAGAUUUAAAGAGUGCUGAUCAGAACCAUCCUGAUAUCCAUGACAAUAUCGUUUCAGAGAGCUCCAACGAUUAUCCAACAACCGGCUCCCAAGCGUCCUUUCAAGGCGACGGAAAAUCGACAGGAAGAGCACUUCCCUUGAUUCACAUUGAACAGGAAGAUGGCGAUGAUGAUUUUAAAUUGGAAGAGGAUGUAGUAGAAGGUUCGAUUUCCAAUGAACCUUGUGAAGAAACGGUCGAUGACCAACAGGUGCCACGAUCUCUACCCAUUAAGAAACCUCUUAAGGGAAGGAUAGGCUACUCGAGUCCCCUCAUUGAGGAAGAGUGCGAGGAUCUUCCGGACGAGGAGUCCCAGACCCUGACGCUCAAAACGGACCUCCAGCGAGUCUCCUCCCCCGUGGAGAGUCCGGCCAGAAUCGUCAAGGGGCCCCAGAGCGUCACCGUCCUUCGAGGAGAAUCGGUCACUCUAGCGAUCUGCUUCAACGGAUAUCCUCCACCAAAGGUCACCUGGAUGAAAGGGGGCCGGGUGCUGUCGGACGAAGGCGGCCGACUGUCCAUCCUGGAUGGGAGAGAGAUGUCGGUGGUGACGGUCAACGAUGUGACGGCCGAUGAUAGCGGCAAAUACGUGGUGAGCGUCGAAAAUCAAGGAGGUGGGGAUUCCUGCUUUGCUUCCGUAGCUGUGGUCGGUUUUCCCGAACCACCCGGAGGAGAACCAACAGCCAGUGAAGUCACCGACCAUUCUCUUGUUCUCAGCUGGUAUGGCUCCAUGUAUGAUGGUGGCAGCGUGGUCACGGGAUAUGUUGUGGAGAUGUGUACGCUACCCGAUAAAAAAUGGCAUAAAGUGGCCUCUUCGGUCAAUACCAGCUGUUCGGUUCCUGGGUUGUCUAAAGGUCAGCGCUAUAUCUUUCGGGUGCGUGCCGAAAACAGGUAUGGUACCAGCCACCCCAGCAAGGAAUCUAAAAUUAUCCGCCUUGAUGACUUCCUUAAUGAUGAGUCGUCAGAAGAAGAAGAACCGGCUGAAGAGUUGUCUGCUCCAAUUACAAUAGAAAGCGGAAACAAUUUCACAGAACGUUUCGAUCUCAAAGAAGAAGUGGGAAAGGGCCGCUUUGGAACUGUGUAUCGCUGUGUGGAGAGGUCGUGCAGUCGUCCGAGAGCCGCAAAAGUGAUUCGAUGUUUAAAGGUCAAAGACAAGGAAAAAGUUAGGCAGGAGAUCGAAAUCAUGAGCAGACUCCAUCACCCUAAGCUAAUGCAGGUGCUGGCAGCAUUCGAGAGCGGAAGAAACAUGAUCAUGGUCAUGGAAUACAUUUCUGGUGGGGAACUGUUUGAAAGAGUGAUCGCAGACGAUUUUGUGCUGACUGAACAGGACUGUAUUCUGUUUAUGCGUCAGAUCUGUGAUGGAGUGGCUUAUAUGCACAGGAAUAAUGUCCUCCAUUUAGAUUUGAAACCAGAAAACAUUCUGUGCAAAACGCGCACUUCACAUAAGAUCAAAAUAAUUGAUUUUGGACUCGCAAGAAUUUACCAACAGGAUGAUAGCCUACGAAUUUUAUUUGGUACACCCGAAUUCGUGGCUCCUGAAGUUAUCAACUACGAGCCCGUCUGUCCUGCCAGCGACAUGUGGAGUGUUGGCGUCAUUUGUUAUGUCCUUCUCUCAGGUUUAUCGCCAUUCAUGGGUGAUAACGACACCGAAACAUUCGCUAAUAUUACUCGUGGAGAGAUGGAUUUUGACGACGAAGCUUUUGAUGAGAUUUCAGACGACGCCAAGGACUUCAUUUCAAAAUUGUUGGUUAAAAAUGUCAGAAAUCGCAUGAGUUCCGAGCAGUGCUUGAAGCACCCUUGGCUGGCGACGGCAGGCCUCUCGCAGAAGCGGCCGCUCUCCACGGAGAAACUGAAGCGCUUUAUUAUCCGCCGAAAGUGGCAAAAAUCUGGUACGGCUAUUCGAGCUCUCGGCCGUAUGGUGUCUCUGUCUCGUUCUUCCCUCGGCAGCAGUUGCGACUCCUAUUCUCCUCUGGGCUCGCCUACAAGCUCGCGGUCCCGAUCGAGGUCAUCCAUUAUCUCGCGAAGUGAGACCACCGAGUCUGCAGAGAGUGAUGUGUUUCAGGAUCUCUCCAGGUGACCGGCCGAUUGUUGAGAACUCUUCUUAAAGUCGUUAGAAUCAGAAAGGAAAAAUGUCCAGGAAAAUGGGGAUUGUGAAGAGAUUAUUGCUUCUUUUUGAAAUCGACAACUGGCACUGAGACCUUUUUCAAGCGGAAUUCAUAUUUACUCCUCGAUCGCCUGGGAAACAUUGGAAUUCGUGACCUCUCUGUAAAAUCUAUAAAUGAAAUCUGUCCAUAAAUGAAAGAAUAAUUUCCUUUUUCGCCUUAAAAAAAUCUUUUUUUGGAGCAAUUCCUACUCUUCUGACACAGAUUUAGUUCAUACAUAUAGAGGAUUGAGUGAUGGGACAUUUCAGAGAUUAUCCUACUAUUUCAGUACCAUUCGAAUUCAAAAAUAUCAAAAGUUAUUUCUCUAAGGCAUCCUAGAACUACCUAUGUUUUCUUAAACGGAAACGAAAUCACUUUUAUUAAUUUCUCUGAAUUGAAAUAAAAAUAAUAGCAUUAAAUUUUCACGUUUUUCUACAUUUUUUUUUCUCGAGUCCUUCUUGAAAAGGAACAGAACGAGAUAGUUCUCAAAUUGGAAUGGAACAUAAAUUACUUAUAUGUUUAUUACAGUCAGAAAAUAUUUGGGCGAUCUUAAAAUGAAUUUCUUUGUUAGUUUCAGUGCCGAGUUGUAUUUUUGAGAGAGAUUUCGAAUACAUAUGUCGCUAUUCUACAUGUGUACAUACAUGCUUGUGAAAUUUGAUGGCGCUAGCCGAGACUGUUUCAUUUGUAUUCAACCAUAAAAGAUUUUUGAACGCU